AUGGCGACAGAAGCCGCCACAGCUGCAUCCAAAUUCCCGGAAUCCGAUCUCCGUCCAAUCCCUCAACCACCGGAUUUCCAUCCAGCGAUUGUCGUUCCAGCUCAAACCAACGGACUCCGAUUCUGGCAGCUCAUGGUCGCCGGUUCAAUCGCUGGCUCCGUCGAACACAUGGCGAUGUUCCCAGUCGACACCGUCAAGACCCAUAUGCAAGCUCUCCGUUCAUGUCCGAUCAAACCCGUCGGAAUCAGCCAAGCUUUCCGAUCAAUAAUCAAAACCGACGGUCCGUCGGCUCUGUAUCGAGGUAUAUGGGCGAUGGGACUCGGCGCAGGACCAGCUCACGCCGUUUACUUCUCCUUCUACGAAGUCUCCAAGAAGUAUCUAUCCGGCGGAAACCCUAACAACUCCGCCGCGCACGCCGUCUCCGGCGUGUUCGCAACGAUAGCGAGCGACGCCGUUUUCACUCCGAUGGAUAUGGUUAAGCAGAGACUGCAGAUUGGGAACGGGACUUACAAAGGGGUUUGGGAUUGUAUUAGGAGAGUAACGCGAGAGGAAGGGUUUGGUGCUUUCUACGCUUCUUAUAGAACGACGGUGCUCAUGAAUGCUCCGUUCACGGCUGUUCAUUUCGCCACGUACGAGGCGGUUAAGAGGGCAUUGAGGGAGAUAUCGCCGGAGCAUGUCGGCGGCGGCGAUGAGGAGGAAGGUUGGUUGAUUUAUGCUACUGCUGGAGCUGCCGCUGGUGGCUUGGCAGCUGCUGUGACCACUCCGCUUGACGUUGUCAAGACGCAAUUGCAAUGUCAGGGUGUGUGUGGUUGUGACCGCUUCAAGAGCAGUUCGAUAAGCGAUGUGUUUCGGACAAUAGUGAAGAAAGAUGGUUAUAGAGGACUUGCAAGAGGAUGGCUACCAAGAAUGCUCUUCCAUGCUCCAGCAGCUGCCAUCUGCUGGUCCACUUACGAAACAGUCAAAUCAUUCUUCCAAGAUGUCAAUGGAGACUCAAACGUAGCUUGA